AUGAUGCCACGGUAUUCAAGCUAUGCCAGUCUCUUCUCCGUCUUCAUAAAGACAUGCCUUGCGCAGAAUAAUAGUAUUGUUUCCAUUCCAUAUGAGUUGACAUAUCUACUUCCUCCCCCGUUCCACGGCAACCUGUUCCACAGCUUUGUCAACGGCACCAACACUUCAAAUGCGUCGACCAACGAGCUCCUUCAAUCUGCAACCAAUGCGCCUUUCAUCUCAUAUGACGACGACAACUUUGCAGGAGAAGCUGGAGUAUGGAUCAGCGACCGCAACGAAGUCUGGUAUACGACUUGGAUCAAUGAUGGGCCGACCCACGUGGAGAUUCUGGACCUAAACACCAAAACCAUCAGGAACCUGACUUCUUCGAAGCCAUUGGAAAAUCCCAACGGAGAUUCUAUCACCGAGGUCUCAUAUUGGCUUGGCGGUGUCGUAUCUGUCGAACCUGAGACAGGCCACGUCGAGACUGUGCUCAACUCGUACUUCAGUCUCAGGUUUGACAGCAUCGACGAUGUGGCUUGGGUCACGCAGCCGGGUACAAACAACUCCUACAUGUUUAUCACUGUUCUGCCUUUCGCAGAGGGUUCAACCACGACCGAUCGCCUGCCUCAGGGUCUGUGGCGCUGGGAUCCUCAAAAUCAUAUCUUGUUAUCGGCCAUCAGCAGAACCGAGUUUCCCGUUGCAAACGGUGUACGACCAUCGAGGGACCAAAAGACUCUUUGGGUCACCGACUUUGGCGGCGAGGAGCGAAGUAGAAUUUGGGGGCUACCAGCUCAGGUCGGAGUACCCGCGAUCUACAGCUACGAGCUGAACGAUGACAUGUGGCCUGUCAACAAGCGAAUCUUUGGGGCCUCUAGAAUGCAAGCUCCGGAUGGGAUCCGUAUCGACGACCAAGGCCGGGUUUGGACGGGUGAGGGCGAAGGCGUCAUGGUUCGAAGUUCCCAAGGAAAGGUCGUUGGCGUCUUCAAUGGACAGUAUUUCACGAGAGAUCCUGUGAAUACGGCAAUUGUACAGUUUGAGCUCGCCGGGGAUGUUCUAGUGGUGCUGGGCCAGAAUAAGUUAUGGACCGUCAAAUUAGCUGAGAUGGUCAACAGUGCUUAG